AAUAAUAAUAAUAAUAAUAAUAAUAAUAAUAAUAAUAAUAAUAACGCAGCCGCUGCGGAUGGGAGAACCCCGCAGACUUCCACAGCAGCCGUGCCGCCGGCCUCUGGCGGUGUGGGAGGCGCCGCCCCCGGCAAAGAUGAUGAUUUCAUAAACGGCAAACCCAGCGAUAUGUUUCCAUACGAUGAGAUCAAAAAGUGCACGGAGCGGGGGAAUGGUCUUCUCUUUCGACUCGUGAACUUUAGCACCAAACAAUGGGCCUUCUACAAUGACUCCAAGAUCUACGAAUUCCACAUUACGGUGGUCUUCUCCGAUCAGUGCAGUGUGGAUGCACUCGGCAACACCACGCUGGUGACGGAUCCACAGACCGGCCGCACCGUCGCGAAGGUGGUGGUCUAUCCAUGCACGACGGAGCCGUUUGUGCAGGGACACAUUGACGGCUUCGACGCGGAGUACCAGGCGGUGGGACUCACAGACGAGUAUAAGAAACAACGACAGAAGCAGAAGAAGGUGGAGAAGGAAAUGCGAAAACAGGAAAAGAGUGGCGGAGAACAGGUGGAGAAUGAUGAAUUGGAUGAACCAGUAGUACCACGUCAAUAA